UCGCGGCCUUUCCUGGGGGUUCUUGGGGAAGGUAUCUGCCUGCACCAGGACGACACGCCUGGGGCCGAGACUCUCCUGGCUGCCUCUUCUGAGCCGCGGUGGAUGCCAGAGCCUCUUUCCACCUUUCAUAUCAGCAUACUGCUCUCCUUUGACAAGAAACAGUAAGAAAGAAAGAAUGGCUGUGGAUUUGCUGCCCACUCAAGUAUCAGAGUCUGUGACAUUCUGGGAUGUGGCUGUGCUCUUCAGCAAGGACGAGUGGUCGCAUCUGGACUCUGCCCAGAGAAGCCUGUACCGGGAGGUGAUGAUAGAGAACUACAGCAACCUGGUUUUACUGGGGAUUUCAGUUUCAACACCUGAGCUGAUUUGCCAGUUGCAGCAAGGAGAAGAUCCCUGCAUGGCGAGAAGAGGAUACCCUCCAGACUGUCUGGGUGAGUAAGCGCCUGGGGAAUGGGCACACAGGCAGCCAGAGAUGUCAAGUCAUAAAGAGGCUACAGCCUGGAAAUACUAGGUCCUGUUGAGAUGCUCAGGGCCAGUUGUGUUUUAUUUA